AUGGCUACCAAUUCUGUGAUAUCUGAAUUCGAAGAAUACCUUUCUAAAGAUCAAAUUUUAACAGUUAACCAUGUUUGUCAAAGAUGCAGUGUGCCUCUUGGAAUACCCAAAGACUUAAAUAAACAAAGCGUUCAUUCUUGCCAAAAUGCAGAAGAAAUCGACGAUAUAGUUUUCAUUGAUAAUUUCCAGAUGUUGACAGGAAAUUUAAUGAAUGGAAUCAAUUACGGUCAUAUUGAUGAUUAUAUGGCCAGACGAGAUAUAAUAAGACCGCUUUUGACAAGAAACAAUGACAUCGGAAGAUUAAAUAUUGAACUCUUGGACUUGAUGUCAUCAUCUCCACAGGUAGACCAUCCUAUAUGCGCGGACUGCACAGACAAUAUUCUUGAUCAUAUGGAUCAAGAAUUGAAAGAUGAGGAAGAUGAGAUUGAGGAAUAUCGGAAACUUCUACACCGACUUGAAAUGGAACAGCAGGAAGAGGACGUGGAUGGGUUAAGAGCAGAGUUGUCAAAAUAUGAAGAAUUAAGUACAAGUCUAGAGGAAGAGUUAGCUAGAUUGGAGUUCGAGAAAAAUGGAAUUAAAGAACAGGUAAAAGAUUUAGAAAAGAAUUGUGACAUUCUUGAAAUGGAGGCAAAUGAAAUGUGUAUAAAAGAAAAUAUAUUCGAAAGACAUUAUAAUUUAUAUCAAGACGAUAUACUUCACCUAGAAAAACAGAUCACUUACGUGAAAUACAGAUUUGACAAACUGGACAAAAUAGAUGCUCUAAGAUUCAGCUUUCAGAUUUUGUGUGAUGGCAAUAUAGGCAUAAUUAAUGGACACAGACUGGGACGAUUGCCCGAAAUACCUGUAGAAUGGUCUGAAAUCAGUGCUGCAUGGGGCCAAACUGUUCUAUUGCUACACUCAUUAUCAAAAUUAGUAAAAUUCACUAUUGAAAACCUUGAGUUAAUCCCGAUGUCGAAUCGCUCCUUUGUAAAGUUAACACAAGAUAAUAGAACAAAAUUGUUGCCAUUGUUUUAUUCUGAAGAUGAAAAUGAUCAAACAAAACAGUUGGAAUUUGAUCAAGCCAUGGCAGAGUUCUUAACUUUCCUUCAAAAAUUCAAAGAAACAAUUGAAGAGAGUGAAUCGUUUCGUCUGCCAUACACAAUCCAAAGAGGCAAAAUCCUUGACGGGCGUGCCGAAACGGCCUACAGUAUCAAGAGUUUCUUAAAUACUGACGAAAACUGGACAACCGCUCUGAAAUUUCUGCUCACAAAUUUAAGAUGGGCUCUUGCAUGGACAACUAAAACAGUUGCAAAAUAA